AUACUUCUCUCACAUGUUAAAAGUAUUUUAAGAAAACCGCUACGGCAGUGUGCAUCUAGUCACAUAUCUAGUCACCGCGCGAGCGCGGUUAUGUAGAAGAGAGGAGAGAGAAGAGAUAGAUAUACAUAUAGCUAACGUGCAUCGUCGAGGUAACGAGAGAACAGUUGUUAUACGGGAGCGGAUAUUAUAUAUAAUCCAAAAAAAAAAAAAAAAGAAACACCUACGAGGUUUAUAGACAUGUAUUUAUACGAGAAGUGUGCGGUGUGCGCGACGCGGGUGUAACUGAACACUUAUCUACGGACAAUAAUAAUAUCAUUUAUUAUCGUUUGUUCGUUUCUUAAUUUUAUCAUUGUCGUCGGACUUUUAGUCGCUUUUACCUGUGUAAAAACUAUCCGAUUGUCUUUCGUGAUAAACGUGGGCAAUUUAUUGGUUUUAUGUCGUUUAAACGUAUAAACAAAGGAGUAACAACUACCCUUGGUUGUGGAUAGAGGUAGUGGUGGUGGUGGUGGUGGUGGUUGGUGGUGUUGCACGUGCUAAACGAGAGUAAAAGAGGAAGAAAGAAAAAAAAAAACGAAACUUGAAAGACGAAAUAAUCCAAGACUAAAUUUUUCCAUCGAUCAUAUUUAAAUCCAACGAGUGUUCUUAGUCGGGAUGAGAAAAAAAUAUACGUAUUAUUUAAAAAUAAAGCAAAUACGUGUGAUAUUCUAUUUGUACAACGUCUAUUUUAUGUACACUUUGGCGUAAAAAAUAACGGUAACAAUCGUAAUGAUUGUCGAAUUAACCGUAACGUGUGACAAGUCAAUGAAUGAAUUAAUCGCUCGUGUAAUUGCGAUUUAAAACAUCGAGCGUGUCGACAGCAGUUAUCCAAUUCCCGCUGCGCAAACUAAAGCUGAAGAAGAAAAGAAAGAUAUGAAUAAAAAAAUUUUAUCAACAUUCCAUCCAUAAACCUGAUAUUAUAACAGCGUGAGUCUGUAUAACCCGCCGAUUCCAAGAAGAUAUCGAAAAUGGGUCGGAAGAAAAUACAGAUAUCCCGGAUUACGGAUGAACGGAAUCGACAGGUGACGUUCAAUAAGAGGAAAUUCGGCGUUAUGAAGAAGGCGUACGAACUCUCGGUACUUUGCGACUGUGAAAUAGCGCUGAUAAUAUUCAGUUCUAGUAACAAAUUGUACCAGUACGCAAGCACAGACAUGGACAAGGUCCUCCUAAAGUACACCGAGUACAACGAGCCCCACGAAUCGCUUACAAACAAGAAUAUAAUCGAGGCACUCAACAAGAAGGAGCAUAAGGGAGCGAUGUCGCCCGAGAGUCCGGAGCCCGAUACUGCCGAGUAUAAUCUCACGCCGCGGACCGAGGCUAAGUACAGCAAAAUUGACGAGGAAUUCCAAAUGAUGAUGCAGAGGAAUCAGCACAACGGCACGAGGGUUAUGGGACAGUCUAAUUACACGCUACCCGUCUCGGUGCCGGUUAACAGUUACGGAGAAUCUCUACUGGGUUCCAGUCCACAAAUGGCACACACCAGCAUCUCACCUAGACCUUCGUCGUCUGAAACAGAUUCAGUAUAUCCAUCGGGAGGGAUGUUGGAUAUGAGCAACGGUUAUCCACCGUCGGCGUCGCCGCUCGGCGGUUCACCGAGUCCCGGACCAUCGCCGGCGCUCGGCGUCGGAGGCGGGGGUGGAGGCAAAGGCAGUUCCUCGAGGCAUUCGCCGCAACCUCCCCCGCCGCCUCAUCCUCACAGAGCCAACCUGAGAGUCGUUAUACCUGCACCCCUUACACAGUCCUUGUCGGACGACAACAAUUACGACAGCGGGCAUUCGCAAUCUGCACUAAACACACCGGUUGUGGCGUUGCAGACACCCUCGGUACCAGCUGGAUACUCCAGUUUCGGACCGACCGAUUACUCGUCGGAUCUCGGGAGCCUGGCGUGGUCCCACCAGAGGUACGUUGAUGACUUGUCAAUGUAUUCGGCAGCCACCAUGUCCAGCAUCAGUGGUCUUCCGCAUUUGGCGGUAUCUAGCAGUACACCGCCACCAUCGACGUCGCCUCUACCGGUAAAAAUAAAGAGUGAGCCAAUAAGUCCUCCUCGGGACCCUCACGGUGGUGGAGGUCCGGGCGGUGGUAACCCGGGGUCGAUCCACCACUCGAGUCUCGGCGUUGGUCCGUCGUCGAGCGGCGGGGGUGGAGGAGGUGGAGGCGGGGGGCCGCAUCACGGACCCCACGGGGGCGUGCCACAGACAUUGAACUUAGUUUCGAGCAGACCUAACAGUAACCCGCCUCCAUCUCAUUCUGGCAGUAUAACACCGACGAAUUUACCAUCGCCUGGCGCUGCUGGCGGUGUCGGUGAUAUAAGGUCGAGUCAUCCUGGCGGUGGGGGUGGAGGUGGUGCUGGCAGUGGCGGAAAUAGUUCCGACUAUGAAAAUGGACCGCUAAUGAAACGGCCAAGGAUCACCGAGGGAUGGGCCACUUAGUACUACACCCCGUAGCAGCAGCAGCAGCAGCAGCAGCAGCAGCAGAAUCAUCAUCACCAUCACCAUCAUCAUCAUCAUCAUCAUCACGAUCAUUACUAUCAACAUCAACAUCAACAUCAACAGCAGCAGCUGCAGCAGCAGCAGCCGCUGCGUCAGCAUCGUAAUCGGCUUAUUUCUCACAAAUCUCUAUCGUCCUACGACGGUACGUUGUAGUUAGCACGCGCGAUUCACCUUUUCUUUAUCUUUCUUUUUUUCCUUCUGCUGUUAUCUCUAAAGAACGUGUCACAUGUAUGUGUAAUACAUGCGUAUUAUACGCAAAUGCGGACAGGUGCGGAAUUCCGUUUUUAUGAAUGAAUACACACACACACACACACGCAUGUUAGAUUGCUAAAAGAGAAAGAUGACAAAGAUGAUAUAGAAGAAGAAUGAAAGAAAAUUUUUUUUUCUAUAGUAACACGGUAUAUACACAGAAAAAUACAAGACGUGUAUAGAUCGCGCGCCCGCGAGAUCCGAGUGAAAAUCGCACGGAUUUUUUUAUGGUGACGUAAAGGUAAAUUAAAGAGAUUUAACCUUUUCUCUUGUCUCUUCUUUCUUUCUCGACCUCCUUAAUUUGUUUUGUCUGACGAUGAUAAUGAGGAAAUGUUUCAGGGAAGAAAGAAGGUGGUAGGAGGGAAGAUAAUUCGCAUAAGAACAAAUGAAGGGGAUUAAAAACAAAGAUAAUAAAAAAUAAAAAACAAUGAUUAUCUAAUGAAAUUGUGGUGCCAUAAUGUUGAAAUAUGUACGAUGGAUAUAUAUUAUAUUUUCAUGUAUAUAAUAAGAGGUGUUGUUUGUAUAUAUGUUACAUUUAUUACCGAUGGUGUUGUUACAUAAAUUUCGCCGUUCUGCCGUAUAUUAUAGUAGUAAUAUCGCGACGACGAUGACGAUGACGACGACGACGACGACGACGACAACGACGACGACGACUAUGACAAUAGUUACGGUGGCGUACCUAUAUAUUUAUAUACAUUUAAUUAUGUAUAACUUUCAACCAUAACGUUGUGCUAUCACACUCUGUACACGGGAUAUCUAUAGAUACAUACCUACAUGCAUACAGAUAUAUGCACAGAGAGAUACAAACGAGAAAAUAUCACGGCUCACACACACAAAAACGUAUCCUGGAAAAUGACGUUGUUUUUUCUUCUCUUAUUACCUGUAUCGUAAUGGUCGAAUAUCGUAUUGUGUAGGUAGGUUUAUGAAUGAAAUUUGAAUCGAAAGUUUUAAUAAUAAUAACAACAAAUAUAAUUACCAAGAGUUGAUUAGUAGACCAAUUAUCAAAGCUUGCAAUACGUUGUUCAAUGUAUACAUAUAUAGUAUAUCCGCACAAACUUUUGUAUGUUCUUUUUUCUCUCUAUUUUCUCUUUCGAUAAAAUUGGUUGCGGGGACAGAACCAGUCAGAUAUCCAAUGUACACCGGAUAUAAGAUAUACAUACAUAUGUGUACUACUUAUAUUGUAUAAAUAUCUCACACAUAUUUUUGUAAUUGUUAAUUCCGUUGAUUGGUGUUGAUUCAGAUGAAUACACGGCGCUGCUAAUGUAAACAGUAAGAGAAAAAUUUAUAAAAACAGAACCAAAAUCGCAAUUAAAAUCCUUUUAAAUCGCCGUUUACAAUUAAUGUGUUUCCGAUCAUCUAUCGUCUUACACAUUUACCUGUAUUCUGUUUUUAUAUUCCGGAAAGGAAUUUCAAAUUCUCGGUUGAACUCGUUGUUUAAAAGGAAAAAGGGAAAAUAAUGAAAAAAGAAACGACGAAGAAUAAAUAAUUUCAUCUGUCUUAUAGGACGUUAGAAUUUUAUUUUUAAAAAAUUCGAUCACGUAUGCUACCAUCAUCACUAUUGAUAUUACUAUUACUGCUAGACUGGCAUACAGAGAUUUGAAAUACAAGGAAUAACGGAUAGAGAAGGAAACGUGUGAGAAAUGAUAUUUUGGCAGUCAGAUGGAAAGAAAGUUUUGAACAAUGUCGAUAUGAAUGAGCUUCUACGGUUAAGAUGAAAUUUUAAAUAAUUUUUAUAUGGAUUUCGCGGAAAACAAAUAAAAAGUGCAAUACGUGUGCCAUGCGUUACCUUUUAUUAUUAUUAGUAUUAUUAUUAUUGUUCUUUAUCUCUUUUCUCACGAAAGCCUGCGUCUGUCCAGUUUUCAUAUCAAAUAAUAAGUAUAGUAAUAAUUAUUAAGUUAUUGACAGUUUUCAAAAACUACGAUUCGCAUCACACACUCGAUACCUUGUUUGACAUUGGUAUAUAAGUAUGAUUAUCGUUCGAAAUUAUUACACACGCAAAUGCGCGUUACACAAUUAACAAUUGAUUCAACAAAAUCGAAAUCAACCAGAGUUUAGAUUAUCAGAUAAGUACACGUGCGUAUAUGUAUGUAUAUAUAUGUAUAUAUGCAUAUGUUUUUGUGAUUAUCAUUAUCAAUGUGAACUGUUGAAGGGUUUAAAGAAAGAGAAAAGAGGGAUAUAGAGAGAAAGGCAGAGUGUGAGCGAGAGAGAGAGAGAGAGAGAGAGAGAGAGAUAAUUGAUUGAAUUAGCAAUUUGAAGAAAAAAGAUUAAAAUAAAUGUAUGUAUGUGUAUAUAUAUAUAUAUAUAUAUAUAUAUAUAUAUAUAUAUAUAAUACAGAUACAAUAUAUUAGAGUUAUACAUUUUCCACGAGUAUUUUGCACAUUUUAUAUAUAUACAUAUAUAAACAAAAAGUAUAAACGGAUGAAAAGAAUAUAAAAAAAGAAAAAACAAAAAAAAAAUGUUUAAAAGUAAAUAUAAGUGAAAAACAAGUCAUUUACUAAGAUGAAAAAUUUGUUUUUCUUCUCAUCAGACCACUGCUUAGGCAGUUGUAAUUUCUAAUGUCUGUAAAACUACAAACAGAAAGGAAACACUUUUGUAGAAGCACGUUUCGCAAGAUUGCGCCUCGACGUUGAACGUUCAAGGGGCUCAGUUCACUUUUGAAUAGCAAUUGAUUUACGAUUGUUUAUCUCGUUUUUCAAUUAUUCAAUGUUGAAUUUUUGAUCACAUUUUAAGGGUGCCCUCAGAUAAUUCGAUGGUUUAAAUGGAGAAGUGUCAAGCUUGAUUCAAUCUUCUGAUGAAAAAAGAAAUAGAAAAUACCUUUACAGCAUACAUUGUCACAUUUGUGAAGAAAAAUUAAAUACCCCGUGAAAUCGUUCAUUUCUACCAUUUAUCCACGCAUGUCCCAUUACGGCAGCAGCUUGACCAAAGAUAUAAAUUAUUUGUUCCCCUCAAGCGUUGGCAUAAUCUUGCGAGAUUGUUUUCUGAAAUCUUAAUUACGUUUACACCUAUAUAUCUAUCAUUAUUAUUACUAUUAUUAUUGCUACUGUUACGAAAAAAAGAGAAGAAUAUACAUUUAUUUGUACAUACGUGUAACACACACGAAUAUAUAUAAAUGUAUAUUUUUUUUUUUUUUUGUCGAGUUAGAGAGAGAGAAAAAAAUUUGAGGUAAUUAUGCGGAGUACACAGGUAUUUGAAUAAUAGUGCCUGACACCUUUUGUGGCCCUCCCGACUCCUGUCGUACGUUUACGUAAUAGAGAUAUAUAAUACUAUAUUGUAUCGUGUAUGGAAAAAAAAAAAAAAAAAAAAAAACAAAAAUACAGAGAAGAUAUGAAGAAGAAGAAAUAACGACUAAUUAUCACGUACCAAGUAAUUGAUGAAAAAUUGGAGAGAAAAAAAAAAAAACAAAAAAACGUUGGUCCUAUUACCUAUGUGUGAUGAAAAAUUAUAGAUGAAACAAAAUUAAAUAAACCAAAAACAAGAUGGAAAUUUACUAAAUUAAAUUAAAUUAACCACGUUAUACAUACAUUAUUAUUAUUAUUAUUAUUAUAUAUAUAUAAUUAGAUAUAUAUAUAUAUCUAAUUAUAAUGACAGAAUUAAAGAAUUACAGAUCGUAAAAUAUAUAAGUAUAUUGUCAUAUAUAUAUAUAUAUAUAGUUAGAUAGAUAAUUACGGUAUACCAUAUCGUGUAUGUGAAUAAAAUACGGUGAGGUUUGUUUACGAGAAUACGUUAAGUAUUUUGUACCGUAAUGAAGCGAUUUUGGUGUGUGGAAAAAGAAAAAAAAAAAAAGAACAAGAGUGUGAAAAAUUGAGUGAAAGGUAACGAGGUGUGUGAAAGAAAAGAGGGUUUAAAUAGUCAUCGAGUUGUCGUGUACAAAAUGAAAAUUUUAUUGCAAAUUUUUGUAAGACGAUCACAAAGUGCAAUCUCAAACCAACGUUACUUAUCUUUUCUUCUCUUUUUUUUUUUCUCUCAUGUGGUGAAAGAAAAAGAGAAAAAAGAACGUAAUACAUGAAAUUUAAGGGGGGGCGGGGAAAAAAAAACAAAGAAGGAAAACAAGUAUAAAAGAAAUCGUUAUUUUUCAUAAAACAAAAAUUGAAUGAAAUUUAUAAGCUAAUUAUUAGUAAUAAUAACAAUAAUAAUAGCAACAACAACAACAACAAUAAUAAUAAUAGUAACAGUAAGUCUAUACAUUAUCUAAGAUAUAAUCAACGCCUCCGUCUAGUUUCUAAAAAAAAAUUUUCUAUCUUCACAAAAGUUUCCUAUGUAGAAUACACCGACAGUCGACACGUAUGUGUAAUAUUAUAUGCGUAGAAUGAAAUUUCGUCGUCUAGUCCGUACACAAUACAUCGUUUCGGACAAAUUUUGGAACUUGGGAUUGUUUUUUUCAACCCUAUUUUUUUAUUAUUUUUUUUUUUUUACUAAUAUUCUGGUGGCAAAGUUUAAAAUAUCAUUUGUAAAUAAUUCUAGUUCGCGCAGUUCUGAAGUCAAACCAGAGUUUAAACAUCUAUAAUUUAAAAAGUUCGUCGCGCGAAACAAAGAUGCAACGUUCGCGUUAGUUUGACAAAUCUUUUCCCAAUGGUGAAAAAUUGAACCACUAAUGAUACGAUAUUAAAUACAGAGUUUUGUAAUUAUCGCAGUUUUAUUUCAUUAUAUAUGUUUCUUCUUAUUUUCACUAUUUCUUUAUCUCUUCCCAGCCGCAAAACCAUGCCAAAUGCCAAAGUCGAAAAACGUUUCAUUCUCUUUGUUCGCAUUACCGCUAUUCUUGCACUAUUCUUUACCAUUUCUCAGCGAUUGAAAUUGUGGAAGAUGAUAUCAACGGUCGUUUUUUCACUCCAUCAAUACGUCUUUAUCUAUUGUAAAAGUAAACUUGCGCAAAUUUUUUCAUAUCCAACACCUUGAAAUUUACUUAUAUUCAUGGUAGUGUACACAAAGCAAAAAGAAAACCAAGUAUAACUGCAAUCACGAUACACAACGUUCACUUAUGCAAGCAUGAAUAUAAUUAUAUUUGACGCAAACUUUUUCUGCGUAUAUAAUAACGUGUAAAAUAAUUUAAGCUAUAAGCUCAGUUUAGGUAACUUAUGCCUUUCAAACAAAUACAUUCACACGAUCUAUACUUCUACAGUACGGUUAUUGCCACUUUGACGGAAACGAAGAUGUUACAAAAUUUUACAAUAAAAAGAUACAUUUUGAACGAAAAUUGUUGCCACACGCAUGCAAACUUAUUGCUGUGCUUUUUCGUUCACAUUUUAAUUAAUAUUUCCGGAUUCGUUGAUAGAACAGUCAUUUUUUCCAUCUGUUUCACUUUCCCCGAAAAUUCACCCUUUUUCGAACCUUCGGAAUAAACAAUUUGAAACUAUCGAAAAAGUAUGUAAAAAUAUCCAGGAAAAAGGAAAAACGAAAGAAAUUGAAAUAUUCCAUUUGAUAUUUGUAAUUAUUCUCAUUUAGUCGCUAAAACAAAACGCCUUUACUCUUUCUCUUCGGUGAAAUAUUCAGAUUCAAGAGAAGAAAAGAAAAGAAAUGAUAGGUACAAUACGCAUAACAAUUAACGAACGAAGAGACCAACCUUAUACAUAUUCAACAAUUGUAUAUAUUCUUUAUAAGUAAAAAGCAAAAUAAUAUACAAUAUAUGAAUAAACAAAUGCAACAAUAUCUUCGUAUACAGCGCUGCAUGAACCUGGUCUAAAUAUCGGCGUCAAUAUUAUAUAACAGUUGUGAUAAUACUAGUGAAUGUUAUACCUAUAAAAACAGUUUUAAAAAAACUCAGAAAAAAGAAAAAUAUAUAUAUAUA